AUGGAUGAAGUCCCGGUUUUCAGAGGCGCGAAGCGCAGAAAGUUCACCCGUCCACGGGAGGACACAACGCCCGGCUCCGCACAGCAGCCGUCAGCUUCUACUGGCGACGAGAUUGCACAGCGGUCGUACGAGAGUAACGACAACGAUCAGGAAGAAACUGGCUCUAGAAUUCCAACCCUCAUACGAUCAAGGAAGCAUAUCCGGAAGCCUGUUACUGGUGUUCAGUUCACAAAUAUGAAGGCCGUUCAUCAAGAAAACACGUCAACAGAGUUGGUGAGAUCUGACGAGAGCGAAGCCAAACACAUCGACAUCACGGACCGCUUCGUUGGUAGCACCGGUCAGGCAGUUAAUGUCGAUCAGCAUAUGGUUGCGUUCAUAGAUUCAGAAUUAGCUAGAAGACGCAACACACCUGUUUCUAGCUUCCAACCACUUCCAGCCGACGGUACCGAGGAGGAUACGACUGUGUCCAACGACCGAAGUCCUACGAACGAGAAGAAGUCUUCAGCCAAUCCGACCGCUGCGCGUCAAUUAGCCGAAGUUGACCUGGGGAAAUCCGCCCACCACCUCAAUCUCGCCCGUACACAAGCUGCACUCGAGCGUGUCAAGGCAGGUCAAGCUCCCAUCGAGGAUGAUGUCAAGCCUCCAAAGCCUCGAAGACCGCGUCUUGGCCGAGACGGCAAGCCAAUGAAACCACGACCGAGGAAGCGAAGGAACAGCGAAGACCUUGCUCGUGAUGCCCUUGUCGAGCAAUUCCUGCACGAGAACAAGAUCGACAUCUACGACACGAGUACACCAGAGCCCACGAAUGUUACGAGGCGCGACGGGGGAGGUGGAGAAGUCGGUGACGCCGAUGAUGACGAACGCUUCGCCGAGAGGUUUCGCCAGGAGUUCAUGGACGCAAUGGCAGAGAGGAGGAGUAAGGCCAAAUCUGCCACUCAGACGAAAGGUGCCACGGCGACGGAAUCAAGGGGUCCGAAGCUGGGAGGCAGUCGGAGCGCGAGGGCUAAGAUGGCGCAGAUGCAGCAGCAGCAACAGCAAUCAGGGGCCUCAUCAAGCAAGAAAUGA